AUGACUGAUGUAGAUGAGUGGAGGGGAGCUAGCUUCAAGCAGCAGGAGGACCACAGUGAGGCAACAAAUGCCCUUCUUGAGCGUAUUAAUGCUGAUACCAUUCCCGUUGUACUGCGUGCAACCAAUAAAAGCUUGGAUGAGAUUGUGGGAGAAUUACUAGCCCUUGAAAAAGUCGCUCGUCUUGCUGGUGAUGGUAUUUCUACAAAACGUCUCGUGGUGGAGGUAAUUCGUGUUUACCGUGUCCAUGGAGAUUGUGCAAAGAUGUUGGAUAUGCUUGAAAUGCUUAUGCGUAAGCGUGGACAGACAAAGCAGGCACAAAGUGCCAUGAUUGCAGAGUGUGCGGUGUUACUUUCGGAUGGUUCACUACCGCAGGAACGUCGCAGAGAAGUACUGGAGCGUAUUGUUCACGUUACCGACAGCAAAAUACACGUGGAGUUAGAACAUGUACGCUUUGCAAUUGAUUUAGCCAAACUGAUGGAAGCAGAAGGUCAAAAACGUGCGGCCUGUGAUUUGUUAGAUGGAUUACACAUUGAGACAAUCACCAAUAUGCCCCGUGUGGAGAAGUUGGAUGCACUUAAUCGACACAUCCGCCUCUGUCUUGAACUGGAGGACUAUGAACACACACCGCUGGUCUCUCGUCGUAUUAACUACCGCGCUCUUGGCCGUCCAGAGACACUCGAAGCCAAACUCACUUAUUUUGAUCUCAUGCGGCGUUAUUACGCCCAACGCCGGUCUUACUUUAAUGUGGCCCGCUGCUGGUAUGAGACGUAUCUCACAGAGACCAGUGAAGAGAAGAAACUCGCCGCUCUCAGCAGUAUGGCCGUUCACUAUCUCAUCGCCGAACACGCCCCGGCCAACGCAUUGGAGGAUCUCGCUGAGUGUACCGCCUUUUCACCGGCCACGCGGUUUGCAGAUCGCACGGCUGCUAUUCGCGGCAUCACUACAAGACUCCCACAGGCAUUAGAGGAGGUACCGCAAUUGCACUUUCUCCUGCAGGAGUUUACAAGUAUUGCACUGAUACGAGAACGCGUGGCCACGGCAGUAGCGGAACUCUGCGCCACCCACACCGAACUCGCCCCACAUCCAGACCGACAGGAACUCCUGCGCAGUCGCUGCAGUGAACACGAUCUGCUCGUUAUUGCCCGCUUCUACACACGUCUUCCACUUCAACGCCUUGCCCAACUCGUUGGACUCACACCAGAACACACAGAGGAGUUUCUCAUGAUGAUGGUUGCGGCAAAGACAUUAUAUGCAAAGAUGGACCGCGUGGAUGGACUUGUGGUCUUUGAGGCGGCAAAGAAUGCGGCGGAGGUGAUCAAUGGAUGGAAUGCCGCCGUGGAACGGAGUGUGGGAUUGUUGGAUAAAGCGUCUCAUCUCAUUGUGAAGGAGCGCAUGUUGCACAAUGUGGCCCUCUCACGUGCGCAGAAAACAAAGGCGGCGUAG